CAGAUAACUUUAAGGUAGACGAAAAAUGAAGAGAGAAGGCCAAAUGGGGACAUAUAUAACUGUAGCGAAGGAUGUCUACCUAGCAGCCUUGGAAGAAGACUGGGAUAGGAUGAUAUGUGCUUGCAGUGGCAGCAGUGAUAUGUACGUGAUGUCUCCAGUAACGGUUUCGGAAGAUACUCCAUUGCACCUGGCAGUGUAUAGCAACAAGAUUAAGCCGCUUCAAACUCUACUCGAUAUUGCCAAAAAAACUCCAGUGCUCGGGGAUCCCUAUACAAAAAAGAACGCGUAUGGAAAUACAGUUCUUCAUGAAGCAGUUUUUGCUGGAAAUAUGGAAGCAGUAGAGCACUUACUCCACGGUGAAUAUGAUCUUUCAAUGCAACUUCAGACUAAAAACGCGCUUGGGGAGACUCCAUUGUAUAGAGCUGCUGCAUGUGGUAAGAAUGAAAUAGUGAAGUAUUUAGCUCGACAAACUGGCCAAAUCUCAGAGGGAAAGCUAUCAGAGGAUCACAGCAAGAGAGAAGAUUCAAAGCCGAUUCUUCAUGCUGCCAUCCAAGGACAACACUUUGACACUGCUCAGGAUGAAUAUGAUCCUUCAAUGCAACUUCAGACUAAAAACAAGCUUGGGGAGACUCCAUUGUAUAGAGCUGCUGUAUGUGGUAAGGAAGAAAUAGUGGAGUAUUUAGCUGAGAAAAUGGACCAAAUCCCAGGGCUAAAGCUAUCAGAGGAUCACCGCAAGAGAGAAGAUUCAAAGCCGAUUCUUCAUGCUGCCAUCCAAGGACACCACUUUGACACUGCUCUGACGUUGCUGAAACUGGAUCCAUCACUUUAUGAAAUGAAGGACAAGAAGGGAAUGACCUGUCUUCAUGUCCUUGCUGGGAUGCCUAGUGCUUUCGAGAGUGGAUGUGCACUGCGCCAAGUUACCAUUACGAACUUGUUCUACCGUUGCCUUUCCACCGCAAAGGGUGAUGGCGACCAGAGCCGGAGUCAAAAAGGAUGGCCACUGGUGGAAAGAAUCCGGACAGAAAAGUACAAGCAUGAAUCUGCGUUGGAACUUGCCAAGGAGCUUAUCAGAAAGAACCAGCUUAAAUGGUGGCAAUCUAUCACAGUGAAGACUAACAAAGUUAAUAUCGAUACCCCUGGUCAAGGAGGAAGAGGAGGACAAAGUGAAAGACAAGGAGGGGGAGGAAUCCCAGGAGGAGGACGCGAAGGACAAGACGGAGCACGAGAAGAAGUGGACACAGGAAAAGGAGGGGGAGGAGGAGGGGUAGAAAAUAAUGAAAAUGUUCAACCAAAGAUAGAAGAAAAUAGAAGACAAGAGAGGCCUCCUUCACCUCCAAACCCGUUGUUUAUAGCAACUAGUAAUGGAAUAUUAGAGAUUGCUGAAGAGAUACUUGAUAAAUUUCCUCAGGCUAUUGAGCUUUUGAAUGAUGAGGGGCAAAACAUAUUGCAUGUGGCCGUGAUGCAUCGACGGCGGGAGAUUUUCCGUCUUGUAAAGAAAAAGAACAUACUAGUGACCAGGCUGAGUUCGAGCGUAGAUAAUAAUGGCUUCACAUUGUUGCACCAAGUUGCACACGUAAGGGGGGGCUUUCGAAUGACGAACUCAUGA